AUGGGCAGGCGAGGACGACCACCGAAGGUGGUGUCAACGCCGUCAUCAUCCAUCAGCAACAAAGAUGAUGAUACACCAUCAGAGAAAAAUUCGAAUCCAACCAUAGAACCCAACCACCAUGCAAUAGAGAAACCAACAGAGGAGAGUGUGGCAAUACAGGAAAUCACCGAAUCUGAAAACCUAAUUUCUCCCAAAGGGGCAACAGAACCUAGACGACUAUGGGUCGACGUUAUAAGCGGUAAUCGGAAUCCUGAAAACGGCUUAGCAUUGGAAUUCAUCGCACCAAAGAUUGUCAAUGGUAUUGCAGAAGUAGUAAUUGAAGAAGCAGAUACGGUAGAAGAGGUUAAAUUCUAG